UUAUUAUAAUUCUUUUUCUUGGCACAUCGGCAGUAACCAAGAGUUAGCCAGGUUAGCCGGGGUCCUGUUGUCCUCGGCCUGCUUGUGCUCUGCUGUGGGAAGGGGAAGCUGCACUUUGAAACCUGUUUGCUUUAGACGGAAAUCAUGGGUUGGAACUGGACGCUAAGUCGGCCGACUGGGCGCUGCUGUCGUGUGCUCUCCCCCACUUCCCGCCCCGCCAAGCGCCUGGCCUAGUAGCUCUUAAGAUUCCUUUUUUUUAUAGCUACCUAAAGGAAAAGGGAUGCGUAUUCUCCGGGCUGUAGAUCUCUAGAAUUUCUUUGGUGGCCUCUCUUUAAGUUAAGCAAGGAAUUAAGAUAGUAAACUUGAAAGACUUUGCUUUGUGAACAGCUAUAUCAGCUUUGUGAAAACGAGGGGGGAAAAAAAAGACAGUGCUGGUCACGUGUUGUUUAUACAUGAAUCUGUAAGUCUGGCUCACUGAGCAGACACUGAGGAACGGCCCUAUCAGCGGUGUGCUCUGACUGAAAUUAUAUUUUCUUCCUGUGAGUUAAUACAGUUUAUUUUAGUUUCUUCAUUUCUUUGGAGUUGUGAAUUCUUCCCCAGAUUUGAGUAAUAUAGACCAGAUCUUUUGCAGUUCUGCAGAAGACCUACUGAACAUAAGAUGUUGCAACAAAAUCUACCUCCUGUAUUUUCCCUAUUCAUGAGCUUCCCAGGUGCAAAUUUGAGCAGGAUGUUUGGAGAAUCUGUUGAAAAACUGUAGCUCAGGAUGACCUAGCAAAGAUUGUGAGCCUGUAACAAGAUAUUCAGAGCGGCUGUGUGGGUUCUGUUCUGAAUGCUGCAGAUAACAGCAAGUGAACUCCCUCCUUUGCUUUUGAAGUAUUCAUUUGACCUUCCAUCAAGACGGACUUUUCUAAUCUGUUCUUGGAGAUAUUAAUGGAAUACAAUCAUGUCCACUCAAGAGGAAAGGCAGAUCAAUACCGAAUAUGCUGUGUCCUUAUUGGAACAGUUGAAACUGUUUUAUGAACAACAGUUAUUUACUGACAUAGUGUUAAUUGUUGAGGGCACUGAAUUCCCUUGUCAUAAGAUGGUUCUUGCAACAUGUAGCUCCUAUUUCAGGGCCAUGUUCAUGAGUGGACUAAGUGAAAGCAAGCAGACACAUGUACACCUGAGGAAUGUGGACGCUGCCGCCUUGCAGAUGAUAAUAGCUUACGCGUACACAGGGAACUUGGCAGUAAACGACAGCACUGUGGAGCAGCUCUAUGAAACAGCUUGCUUCCUGCAGGUAGAAGAUGUGUUACAGCGUUGCCGAGAAUAUUUAAUUAAAAAAAUUAAUGCAGAGAACUGUGUGCGGCUGCUGAGUUUUGCUGACCUCUUCAGUUGUGAAGAAUUAAAGCAGAGUGCAAAGAGGAUGGUGGAGCACAAGUUCACGGCUGUGUACCGCCAGGAAGCCUUCAUGCAGCUGUCCCACGACCUCCUCAUAGACAUCCUCAGCAGCGACAACUUAAAUGUAGAAAAGGAGGAAACCGUGCGAGAGGCUGCCAUGCUCUGGCUAGAGUACAACACAGAGUCACGAUCCCAGUAUUUGUCUUCAGUUCUUAGCCAGAUCAGAAUUGAUGCUCUUUCAGAAGUCACACAAAGAGCUUGGUUUCAAGGUCUCCCACCCAACGAUAAGUCUGUUGUGGUUCAGGGUCUUUAUAAGUCUAUGCCCAAGUUCUUCAAACCCAGACUUGGGAUGACUAAGGAGGAAAUGAUGAUUUUCAUUGAAGCAUCCUCAGAAAACCCUUGUAGUCUUUACUCUUCUGUCUGUUAUAGCCCCCAGGCAGAAAAAGUUUACAAGUUAUGCAGCCCACCCGCUGAUUUGCAUAAGGUUGGGACAGUUGUAACUCCGGAUAAUGAUAUUUACAUAGCAGGGGGCCAAGUGCCCUUGAAAAACACAAAAACAAAUCACAGUAAAACAAGUAAACUGCAGACUGCCUUCCGAACUGUGAAUUGCUUUUACUGGUUUGAUGCACAACAAAAUACCUGGUUUCCAAAGACACCAAUGCUUUUUGUCCGUGUGAAGCCAUCUUUGGUUUGCUGUGAAGGCUAUAUCUAUGCAAUCGGAGGAGAUAGUGUUGGUGGAGAACUUAACCGGAGGACUGUAGAAAGAUACGACACUGAGAAGGAUGAGUGGACAAUGGUGAGCCCUUUGCCUUGUGCAUGGCAGUGGAGUGCAGCAGUUGUAGUUCACGACUGCAUCUAUGUGAUGACAUUAAACCUCAUGUACUGUUACUUUCCAAGAUCUGACUCAUGGGUAGAAAUGGCCAUGAGGCAGACUAGCAGAUCUUUUGCUUCAGCUGCAGCUUUUGGUGAUAAAAUUUUCUAUAUUGGAGGGUUGCAUAUUGCUACCAAUUCUGGCAUAAGACUCCCCUCUGGCACUGUAGAUGGGUCUUCAGUAACUGUGGAAAUUUAUGAUGUGAAUAAAAAUGAAUGGAAGAUGGCUGCCAACAUCCCUGCUAAAAGGUAUUCUGAUCCCUGUGUUAGAGCUGUUGUGAUCUCAAAUUCUCUUUGUGUGUUUAUGCGAGAAACCCACUUAAAUGAACGAGCUAAGUAUGUCACCUACCAGUAUGAUUUGGAACUUGACCGGUGGUCUCUGCGGCAGCAUAUAUCUGAACGUGUACUGUGGGACCUAGGGAGAGAUUUUCGGUGCACUGUGGGGAAACUUUAUCCAUCCUGUCUUGAAGAAUCUCCAUGGAAGCCACCAACUUACCUUUUUUCACCAGAUGGAACAGAGGAGUUUGAACUGGAUGGGGAAAUGGUUGCACUUCCGCCUGUAUAGGGGACUUGAGGGAGUGCCACGUGCUGAACUUGUGAUAUCCUUUGCUAAACCAGAGGAUAAAAAAGGAGAGUAUGAGUACAUAAAAAUCUAUCUUUGAUACAUUUUAUUUUUAUGCCCUACUUAAUAUUUGCAUCAGUAUAAUAUAUAUCAGUGUGUCAUACAGAAAGAUAUGCUUCUGUAAUAUGAAAUAGGUUAUUUGAUAACUGAGAAACUUUAAAUGUAUCAUGUGAGCAUAAGAGUCUGGAUUAUCUAACAUUGUUAGCCCUGUGUAUGUACAGUCCAGAACUUCACUUUUUUUAGAAAAUUUUUUUGUUUGUUUAUCUUGUUUUUGGUUUUUUUGUUUUUUGUUUUUUUCCGAGACAGGGUUUCUUUGUAUAGCCCUGGCUGCCCUGGAACUCACUUUGCAGACCAGGCUGGCCUCGAACUCAGAAAUCCGCCUGCCUCUGCCUCCCAAGUGCUGGGAUUAAAGGCGUGCGCCACCUCCGCCCAGCUCAGAACUUCACUUUUAAAAGUAAUCUGUUCCCAGUGUGGUAUCUCAAAAUUGUGCUGAGAUUAUCUUAGUAUAUGUAUUGGAUUCCUGUACUUCCAAAGUCCUGGAAUAUAGUUUUUUUAGUAUAAUUCCACUGCACUUAACACUAAUGUUCAUGUUGGUAUAGAAAUGUCUUUUAAAUCCUAUUGUUGAGCAAGAUCUGCUCUCUGUCUAUGGUAUUACACAGGGAAAGCUGUGACUGCAGGAUCAGUCUCAUUCUUCUACUAGGUGCAUGGACUCCCUUCCCACUGACUUACACUCGUCUAUCUAGAAUACAGGUUGUCCAGGCAGCUGGUCACUUACCAGGUGUGGACUUACGUUGCUGGGCUUGCAAAUGAAUUGCUAGUCCCUCAUUGUGCGGGUCUAUGUGGAGCUUUAAUCAGUAAAUGUCUCCACUUCCUAUAUUACAUUAACGUUGGCUCAUGCAUAUAACCACCUGCUGCUGAUGUACUUCUCCAUCUUAAAAAGAUUUAGAGUGGAUUAACCAGGUCAUUACAUCUUAAUUUAAUAACAAGCAUUACUGUAGAGUGAUUGUGUGUAGGUAUCUAAUAGGUGUGUUUUUUUUUUAACUUGAUGUGUGUAUGUUUGGGGGGCUAGGAUUAGGAAGGUGAACUGUGCAGGAAUUGUCUGCACUGUGCAGAAGAGCAGAUCCUAGUGCUGCUCUGGCAUUAAUCCCAGGAACCACUAGCAGUAGUGGGGCGCCACCAAUGUAACAUGAGCACAGGUGCCUCAUGGCAAACAUGGCUGGCAUGUUCAACUGCAUAAUGCUCUGGCACUGUAUUUUGAAUGACAUUAAUUUAUUAAAUAAAUUGUAUAUAAUCAGU